AUGUCGGCGCCUUCGACCCGUUUUAUGAAAACGACUGAAAAAAUCCACUCUCACAAGGGAGGUCACAAGGCGCCGGAAGAUCCACCCAGUUACGUGUAUCCCUGCGGAAAAAGUCACGAAGAGGAAAUGAAUAAAUAUUAUUCAAAUUCGAGAGAAAGCGAUCCGGAAAUUCUCAAACACAUUAUUAUAAGAACUAAAAGCGCUCUCUCAUAUGCCGAAAGUUUCAGGGAUAGAUACGUUGAGAGUACGUUUCAUUUGUCAUUUCAUCAACACCACGCUCAAUGGGUCAAUCACAAAUACGAUUGGCUUCCGAAUGAGGGAAACGGAAUUCCCAAAAGGUUGGGAAAAAACGUUGAUCCCAUACAUUUGGAAAGCAAAACCUUCGAUGAGUUUCUCGUUAACAUAUACGAACAUUUGCAAAAAUUUGCGGUUGGUCUCGAACAAGUAGUCUGGGAUCAGAAAAAAACCAACGGAAAAUUUCAGGAAAAUUUCCGAAUGUCAGAAAUUCAUUUGAGAAAUGUUCUCUGCGAAAUUCGGAUGGCCAUGAUUGAAAGAAACGUCACUCCGAGAGAUCACGUUCCCAGGAGCAUAAUGAAAGAUGAUUUUAGACAUCUCGAAUCAGCUUCCUACAGGAAUCUAAGAGAUUGGUUCAUAUUUCGUGAUUUGAUGAACAGUCUCGAAUAUGUUAUACAAGUUUUUACUUUUAUCGAAGAAAAUCUUCCUUCAUCAUCGACGACCGCGUCCUCAUCAACAUCAUCAUCAUCGACAUCGUGA